AUGAGGGCUUCCUCGCGUGCGUGUCGCUUCGCCAGGUCCCAGUUGACACGACCUCAGACAUCCUCGGCUCGGUCUUACUCUGUUCGAGUCUCACAGGAGCAUGGUCCGACGUCUGUCUCUACCGUUUCCGACCUCCUGUCAAUAGAUCGGACUCUUGAUGUACGAGUGGACGGGUGGAUCAAGAAUGUGAGGCGGAGCGCAACCGUUCGGUUCCUGGACAUAUCAGAUGGCUCCUGCAGGGCCCCUCUCCAGGCCGUUGUUGACAAACACGUCUUCAACAGUUUGCCAGGAGUCGGGGCUCAGUUCGGGGCGGCUGUCAGCCUCAAGGGCACUUGGACGCCAAGGGCAAAGCCCGAAACAGCACAACCUGGGGAAACAGCCACUUUCGAGCUGAGCGUGAAGGAGAUGGAGAUUCUGGGAGAAUCAAAUGCUGCACGGAAAUAUGCCACUCCUGAGAGUCUGCGCAGGAUACCGCAUCUCCGGAUGCGAACACCUCUGAACAACAACAUGCUCCGCAUCCGCUCGGAUGUCAUGGGUAUCCUGAGUCAGUUUAUGGAGAAGCAGAAGUUCCAGCAAACACAUACACCAAUCGUCACAACGUCGGAUUGCGAAGGCGCCGGUGAGACUUUCCGCGUCGAAGCCGGCACGCCCAAAGACCCCUUCUCAAAGAAGCCCCAGUAUCUCACAGUGUCUUCGCAACUUUAUCUCGAGGCCUUGGCGCAGGCGCUUGGCAACGUGUGGACCCUCUCGCCAACAUUCCGCGCUGAGAAGAGUGAUACGUCUCGGCAUCUGAGCGAGUUCUACAUGUUGGAAGCCGAGCUGUCCUUCGUCGAUGACAUGGACGAAGUCAUGGACUUUAUACAGAAGCUCUUGGGUGCUGUCGUCGGAGGCCUUCAACAACGGAGCGCAUGGAAGGAGCUGGAUGACCUGAGAUUGCAUCCAAAAAACCCUGAGGAGCAGCAAACCGUUGCCGACCUGGACAGCCGCGACAUCCUACAGCGACGAUGGAACGGCCUUGUGCAUACCUCCAGAUGGCCCAGGAUCACCUACACCAAAGCCAUUGAACUCUUGCAAGAAAAGGGCGCCGGCUUCGAGUUCCCCCCGACUUGGGGCAAGGGGCUGCAAAGUGAACACGAGCGGUACCUUGCCGAGUCGAUAGGCUACGAUCAAGCAAGCAACUCAUAUCUCCCCGUCUUCAUCACGCACUACCCCAGAGAAAUCAAAGCUUUCUACAUGCGCCAGUCCCAGGCGAGCCCGACGCAAGGAUCUGUCUUUGACUGCUUCGACCUCAUCGUCCCGGGGCUCGGCGAGCUGGCAGGCGGUUCCAUGCGUGAGCACCGGCACGGCUUGCUGUUGGAGAAUAUGGGCCCUGAUCAUCGUCCGGGCGAGGGCGUCCUCGACUGGUACGAGGAUCUUCGCCGUUGGGGUUGCCCCCCCCACGGCGGAUUUGGCAUCGGCUUCGAUCGUCUACUGAGCUACCUGACGGGCGUCAAGAGCAUUCGGGACACGGUCCCCUUUCCUCGCCUAUACGGCCACAUGCACCCGUAG